AUGAAUGGUUUCGUGAAGCUCGUUGUUAGUCGUAGCUGUGGAAAUGCUACUUCUGUCAGCCUACCUGAAUGUUCUGACCAAAUACUGAAAUAUGUUGCAAAUGCGUGUCCUGGCCUGAAAGCUUUAUCUUUGCCUAGCAAUUCGGUGUUACUAAAAUCAAACAUAAUUAUGGAGCUGACUGAAAAGUUGAAACACUUGGAGUCACUGUCUUUGGGAAAUAGCAGAAAUAUUGCUGAAAUCCUUUCACAGAUCAGCCUUCACUGCAAGAACUUUCGUCGUUUGGAAUUGCGUGAUUGUUUAAUAGGUGAUGAAGAGGCAUCGUCAAUCAUCAAAUUGGUGCUUCAUAUUCAGUACUUAGUCUUGAGGUGUUCAAGAAUUCGUCGUGGAAAUUUUAUCACAUUACUUCAAGUCUGUAAGGAGCUUGUGUAUUUGGAUGCCAGUGAUUGUCGAGAUUUUGAAGAGGAUUAUGAUGACAUAUUAAAGCUUGCUUCCCAUAUUGCUUAUUUCAGCUGUGAGGGUUCCCAACUCUAUGAUUCUGAAGAUAACCAUGGUAGAUUGAUCUCUGAUGGAGAGAGUUCUGAUGAUGAUUAG